AUGGAAGAAGAUGAUAAUCGCAAUGGAGAGCGUCAAGAUUCGGGCGAAGAAUUCAACAGAGCUAUUCUUCCUCUUCUUCAAGCACCUGGGAACCAGCAACCGCACCGAAUCACGAACUUUUACAUUGAUAAUAUUUUGAGACCAGACUUUGGACGGCGGAAAGACGGGACUUUUAAUUAUGAUGAGAAUCACCUCAAUAGACGAGAGAAUAGUCCUCGUCUUCCCCCAAAAUCUGGGCAGUUAGGUGGGACCGUGGCAGGGGAAGGAACAUCGAAUUCUCGUUCAGUCGGUGAGCCAAAAAAAGAUAUUGUUGGAGAUGCGCCUCUCAAGUCCCGAGGAGAAAUUGGAGAUCAGUGCCUAAGCUCCGACUCGGAUAGUUCUCAAGCCAAUUCUGCACCUUCGUCGAAACCUAUGCUCUGGCCAGCCUGGGUGUAUUGUACAAGAUAUUCAGACCGGCCAUCCUCAGGGCCAAGAUCUCGUAAACCAAAGAAGUCGACCACUACCACGACAACGACGACGACCCCAAGCAAGGAUGACAAGCGUCCAAGAACGGCCUUCACAGCAGAACAACUCCAGAGACUAAAAACGGAGUUUCAGACUAGUCGGUACCUGACCGAACAGAGAAGACAGAGUCUGGCACAAGAACUCGGCCUCAACGAAUCUCAAAUUAAAAUCUGGUUUCAAAACAAGAGGGCUAAAAUAAAGAAGGCAACCGGGAAUAAAAACUCUUUAGCCUUGCACCUGAUGGCACAGGGACUAUACAAUCAUGCCACAUCAUCUAAGGAUGAAAAAUCAGACAGCGAUUGA